GAUGAGUAGGUAAAAUUGGGGUCGUUCUAAAUAUUAACAUACUCACAGAGUAAAAAAUGGCGGUACAUGAGCUGAAUUCAACAGAUUAUGCCACUAUGGAAAAGGAACUAGAGAAUGAGCUGUCUCUCUCCAUCUGUGUAUUUAAUCAUUUCAAAUUGCUGAGGAGGGGUUUGUUGACUGAUAAAACAGUUCUCGUAGAUAGUUGGCCAAAUUUCUCUGCAGUUGUCAUCGUGGAUAGCAAGAGGAAGAAAACUUUGCAAUACGCAGUGGCUUUCUGCAAACAACCAAACUUCUGUCAAUCUCUUGAGAUCUUGCUACGACAUGCUUUUAAAGUGCUGGCAUCACCGUUAUCCAUUAUUGGCUGUACAAGUGCUGUGAUAGAUGCCUUGGUUAACAGAUUCAGAGAUCCAAAAACCUCUCCUGUUAAAAGAAGAAUUGAUGGAGUUGUUUUUACACUUCCUCCUGACAAAAUAGUUCCUCUAGAAACUCCAGAUGGAUUCAGAAUCACCAAAUUAAAGCAAUCUCAGGUAGAAAAUGUUCAUAACUCGUGGAAAAGUAAAGAAAAAUAUGAGCGAUUUGUAGACGUGAGGUGUUGGAUAAGGUAUCUUAUCUCUAAUUUCCACACCGUCUGUAUCGAGACCGAGGAUGGACGUCCUGUUGCCUGGGAACUUCAACAAGAAUAUGGCGGGAUAGGGAUGUUGUACGUGGAACCUGAGUACAGGAGAGCCAAUCUAGGAAGCGUUGUCACAAGGACACUCGCCGGAAAACUGGUUAAAGACGGUCAAUUAGUGUUUGCUUUUGUUGAAGACACCAACGAGACAUCAAUUAAUUUCCACAAGAAAAAUGGUUACAUACUUAUGCCUUUCAAACUUUCAUUUGCAAUCUACAAUUUGUAGCAUCGAAAAGCACAUUCUACCUGCAGAAUAUCUACAGAGGACACAUAUUGAGACCUUAAAUAAAACGAGUGCUGAGUGUUAUUGGUCAGAAUUACCCUUGAUAAAAUAGCAGCAGAAUUUACUAACAAAAAGCAAUUAAAAAUUAUCAAGACUUACUUAAAUUAAGGAUUGAAAGAAAAUUGUAACAAUUGCAAAAUAUUAACUUACGGUAGUUGAACAAUAAAUAUGAAAAAUCCGUGCCGAACUGAAUAUACACACAAAAUAGUUAAUUCCCAAUAUCCUGGUUCCCAGUUAUAAAUAGUUCAAAUGCAUAGAAAGUGUAUAACCAGAGCUUUUUCUAAUCCAAGGCUUUUUUGUCAUAAGAAUUUUAGUGUAUUUAUACUAGCGGGAAAAAGAAACUGCAUUAUUUGAUAUAUGAAAAAUAAAAUAUAAAAAAAUAACAAUGAAUAAAUUUUAAUUUUUGUGAUACUGUUACCAAAUGUAUUUGUUACAACAUUUCAUAAUCCAUUAAUGUUAACGUCGAAUAACAUCAAUUUCAGCACACUCGAAAGAUACUGGCAUUAUAACUUGAAUUAACAAAGUUUAUAACGCGUGUGACCACCAUUUGCAUUCAUGCAUGCUUGACAACGGCGCCUCAUUGGUGCCAUUAAAAUGUUCAGAAAUGCCUCAGGGAUGUUGUUCCAGAUGUUGGUUAAAGCCUGGCCUAAAUCAGCCAAUGUCACUGGCUGAUUUGGUAAACAGCGUAGACGUCGUUCCAUUUCAUCCCAGACGGGCUCGAUCGGGGGAAACAGCUGGCCAAAGCAAGACAUUGACAUUCUGUUGAACAAAAAAAGUCCCUGACUACACGUGCAACAUGUGGCCUUGCGUUGUCUUGCUGCAGAGUGAUGUGAUUUUGCUGUGUCUGUAUGAAGGGUAUCACAUGGCGCUGAAUAAUUUCGUUUCGAUAGCGUACGCCGGUGAGAUUUUCAUUGAAAAUUUGUAGAGGGGUCCUUCCACGUGCUGUUCUUUCAUUCCACACCAUAACGCUACCUCCACCGAAUUGUCAACGUUGCACAACACAAGCGUCCUGGUACCGCUCCCCAACGUGACGAUACACUCUACAAUGGCCAUCACUACUAUCCACAUGAAGUCUGGAUUCAUUAGUGAACAGAAUAUUGGCCCAGUCCUGUAUUCUGAAUCGCAAAUGUCGUCUGCACCACGCUAGUCUAGCGAUACGAUGACGUUGAAGCAGUAUUGGGCGCACCGCUGGACGUCUUGGUCUGAUGUUGUGCUCGCGCAAACGAUUACGCACAGUUCUUGGACUGAUUGGUCGAAGUCCAGGAAUGCUACGAGCAGUCAAACUUGCUGUCUGGAAACGAUUUCUUCUCAGGUGCACAAGUCUAAUGUGGUAGUCAUAUCAACGCGACGUCACACGAGGACGCCAAGAACGUGGUCGAUCCUGAGUGUUACCAGUUUGUUGAAAACGUUUCCAUAAUGACUGGAUUGUGUUCUGAUGAACUCCAAAGUGUAUUGCUACGAUAUGUUGUGCCAUUCCAGCUUGAAGCAUCCCAACAGCAUCGAUUACGUUGGUUUUCGCUGAGUCGUGGCAUGACAGGUUAAAUUUUGUCAGAAAUAAAGUGCUUACCUUAACGAAUAGUGUCCAAACAAACCUUUUACACUUCUUACUCCAAAAUGUAUUGGCUAGUAAAAUUCGUGGGUACGAACACUUCAAUAAACAACAUUUGUUCACUAACUACGGAAAAGUCCGUGCAUCUGAGUCCGGGUACUAUCCGAUAUUGUUAAAAAAACAUCGCCUUUAUCGAUUGUUUAGAUUUUAUAAAUAUAAAUAUAGAAAAAUUAUACUAAAUGUUAUUAUGCACAGUUUCUUUUUUCCGCUAGUAUAUAAUAAGAAUGAAUUUUCUAGAAUAAUCUUGAUAGACGAUGACGAAACCAUUAAAUCAUAUUUCUACUAAAAGUAACAUGAACUCUAGAACAAUCUAGGUCACAGGUGUCAAUCGAGUGCAAGCAGUGCACAACAAUAAAUAGACACCCAAGUCUAGAACAAUCUAAGUCACAAAUGUCAAUUGAGUACAAGUAGUACAUAACACCACUUAAUUGAUUUAAAUAAUUUGGAUGACUUUGAAAACUUAAAUUCUCUAAAACACAUAUACAUAUACACAGGGGAUGCUUACUCCUCCUAGGCACCUGAUCCCACCUCUGGUGUGUCCAGGUGUCCGUGUUUGCCCAACUCUCUAUUUUGUAUUACUUAUAGGACUUAUAGGAGUUAUGAGAUUGAUCACUGUUCGUUAUCUUCACCUUUCAUGUACAUCAAUCAAAGCAACAACAAAACAUACUCAUGACACUCUUGAUGAAGCAUAUGCUAUAACAUAUGCCUUUGAUAUGUUUGAUAUCAAUAUCAUACUCUUGUAAUAAUAGUGGAGCUCUCCCUAUAGGUAACACGUAUAUACAUGUUUAAAAGGAAAAUAUAGGAAAACAAUGAAAAAUUAAACCAUACCUAUGGAACUUGAAAAUUUUGGUACUAAUGGCGUCGAUUCGAAUACUAUCGCGUGGACAUGUAUUUCUCCAUUUUGAAUCUCGUCUACCCUUGUUCACAUCGUUCUAAGAUGUUACAUAAAAUUCGUAAAAACAUGUAAAUCUUAAUCAUAUAUAAUCACUCCACCAUUAACGCCAUGUUUGUUGUUGUGGUUCAAACGCUAUGUUUGUAAAUUUGCUAAAUAACGACGCUGAAUAUGACGUCACAAUGUACUGUUUACAUCAAUUGCGUUAUAUUUCCUGCGUUCAAAUAUAGGCGGAUCAAAUAUCCAAAAUUAGGAUGCUUUGAUACAGCUCCGUCCUGGUGCUAACUUCGGGUUGUUUUUGUUCUGUUUUAGAUAUAGAUACUAAUGCCAAAAUUUGUUUGCUUCGCCCUCAAACACGGUCACGCCGUAAAAAAUAUUAAACUCCAUCUUGUGAGUCUUUGAUUCUUGUUUGAAAUUUUGUAAGUUUCUAUGAAAAAAUAUGAAACAACUCUAUCUGCAUUCUCACUAUGUUCUUGAAACAAAGCAUCACCGAUUCCUACAUUACUAGCAUCUACAGUAAACUUAAAUUGCUUAGAAAAAUCUGGAGCUGAAAGAACUGGACUACCGGUACUCAUGAGAACAGAUUUUACUUUACAAAAUUAUCCGUCGCAGUCCUUUGUCCACACAAAUUUAGCCCUCUAUUGUAAUGAUUUGGUAAGUGGAUCAAUGUUAAAGAAGAAUUUGGACAAAAGUUUUUGUGAAAGCCUCUCAUGCCAAAAAAUCUCAUUAACGCUUUCUUCUUUGUAGGAAUCCGGAACUUUGCAAUAGUUUCCACUUAACGUGACCGAGUACGAUUCGAAUUUUUGCGUUCUGCGCAGUUGUUGUGCAUCUUUUCACUUUCAUGAAGUCGUAAAAAGUGAACUCUAGAUAUUUUAACAAAUACGAUGUUUUUAAAUAAAAAAAAACUAAAUGACUGUUAAUUCAUGUUCAAAUAUAGUAAAUUCUAAAGAUGAUUAGAAAAAUGUGUUUAAAAAGUGGUUUUACAACUUGAGAAGACCAGAGCAGAUGACAGACAAUUUCCCGGUGGUUUGAACACAUGGGGAUAUAACAAAAAGAACUUAUUUAUAGAAAAAAGUUCGACGUCGACCUUUGUCCCAUGCAAAGAGAAAGUCAGAUCAUUGAUUUCAAUGUGUGUUAUCAUACGCAUGUAUAUACAUGUAUAUUUUCCCUACAUGUUUAUAUCUUAUUUCCAAACGACAAGGGCCCUCGAGGGGCAGCAUGAAAAUACGCACAAAUGUAUAAAUACAUCAGCAAAAUAAAACAAAAAACAAAAUAAAAAAUCCCAAAAGAAUAAGAAGUGAUUACAUGACACAUGGUUUAAACACAAUGUCACUGUUAUUUUAGAUUGAAUAUAUCGUUCACAAUGAAUUUCCUAAGUGCAUGCUCUCUUCUAGUUUACAAGAGAAAAAAAAUCCAAAAUGGAAAAAUAAUAGCGAUAUCGAAGAUCGUAAAUUAAUAGUUAAUAAAAUUUGACACAUAUCUAUUGUAGAAAACUUGUUUCUCAUAGAAAAAAAAACCCAACAAAGAUUCGUCUAACAAAUCAUUUUCUACACUAUAGUAUUAAUGCUGACGUCACACUUUAACCUCACAUUGCGUCAUAUUCAACAUGCAUUGUGACGCACUUUUGGUGUAUUCAAAACAUCUCAUUCUCACUAAAAUAAUUUAUUUUCUAUCAAAAGGUCAAUGUCAUUUUUAUCAUAAUGCAAUCCCUAUUUCGAAAUAUUGUAUGCAUACGUUAUUAGAACGAUGAGGAUUGCUGUUCUGAUGAGAAAGAGGAGGGAGUGUUUUAACAGUUUUAUUAUGCACUGCAGGCCUAUAUUUCGUUGGUAGAUCCUCUAAUAGAUACCCAUUCCGAUAUAAUCAGACUAUGGGUAUAGUGCACACGUUUUCCAAUUACAAAUUAUGCAAUUUAUAUAUUACAGAUCACAUCUAUAUUGUAAAUGUAGUUGGGUAAAACAAUACACUUCAUAGAGAUUUCGAUAUAGAAAUACUUCGGGCCUACUCAUUCCAACACACAUGUAUAAUGGCAGUGCCUGGUAUUUCUUUAUUCUAUAUCAAAUAUGCAUAUAGCUAUUUAAUUUAUUUUCACAAUCAUAUGGAAGUUAGUAAUGUACUACAAUUAUUAAAGCUGACAUGAAUUAAUAAAUACGUACAUCUUUCUCAUCUUAUCCGCCAUAUUUCUCUCAGGUAGCCUAAUUUACUCUACCCGUAUAUAUCCCAAAUGUGAUUGUCACAUCUGAGUGAUUUUUCUAGAUAGACUCGAACAGUGCACAUCUCCGAUAGUUAUAUAUAGGGAAUGAGAAACACAUAAAAUCACAUUUUAAAACAGUAUGUUUUGCUCAAAAUUACAAAAUAUUUAUUGUAUACCAAUGCAACAAUCUGAAAGUUUAGAUAAUUUAGACAAAAAUGUAAAAAAAAAAAAAAAAAAAAAAAAAAAGCUUUUCUUGCAUACUUGCAAGUAUUUGCAGUUUCUUAUGAAAUAAAUGCGGAUAAAUCAUUUGCCAAUUAGAUACUGAUAGAAUGGAAUAAGCAAAGAGCAUAAAAUAUAUCAUUUACAUCAAUUUUUGCAAAAUGCAGGUGCAUGCCAUAUGCAUAAUAUGUAAUGCACAAGACAUAUUCGCCCCCCC